AUGGACGGUGGGUGUCAACGCAAGAAGCAUUUUGGAGAAUGUUCAGAAAGAUCAUCAAAAACUAUGCUCACUAAAUUCUUUACAAAAUGCACAACAACUGAAAAUGCAAGGCAAUUUCUAUACGUCGGAUUUCCUGAACACUAUGUGUGGAGUAACCAAGCAAAGAUUUGGUCUGAUCGGAAGCACAAACUUGUCAUUGGUCGUAUAAACGCUGCAAACCCAAAAGAAGGAGAGAGAUAUUAUUUACGUCUAUUGUUAAAUCAUAUGAGGGGCCCUACUUCAUGGGAAUAUCUUUUAACAGUUGAUGGUAUUGCAUAUAAGUCCUUCAAGGAAGCUGCACAAAGAAGAGGAUUACUAGAAGCUGAUGAUAGUAGUUCUGAUUGUUUAGUUGAGGCCACUACCUUCCAAAUGCCUUAUGCACUACAAAGAUUAUUUGCCAUUAUUUGCCAACCAUCAAAUUAA